AAACCUGCUAAUCUGAUAAUGAAACAAAUCGAGAAUUUUAUGGAAUACGCUCAUUUGCCCUUUGCUCCUUUCGGUGUUGUGAUUGACACAUGGGCAGACAAUCCUUUUUUGCCCGAACAUCCUUACAGUUUGUUGACGCAAGGUAAAAUAUUGGAUUUACCAUGGAUGGUUUCAGUUAAUAGAGACGAGGGAUUACUUCCCGGUGCAUAUUUUUGUACAAAUCAAAAAGAUAUAAACAGAGAUUUUGUCGAGAAAGCCCACUUAUUGCUGGACUAUAACUAUACAUAUCCAGAAAAAGAUAGAAAAAUAUUCGCCAAGAAGAUCAGAGAUUUCUAUUUUGGACCAGAAAAUGAUAUAACCGAAGAAAAUUUUGAUAAAAUGACCCAGAUGUUUGGCGACCGAUUAUUCAUUUCUGGUGUCGAAAUCGCCGCAAAGCUACAAGCCAAAGCUAAUAAACAACCAGUUUAUGUUUAUUUCUUCAAUUAUGAUCAAAGUGCCAAUAAAAUAGCCUCGUUGUUCUGUCCACAAAAGAAUAUUAGUGGUAUUGGCCAUUGUGAGGAUACUGUGUUUGCUUAUGGAAGCUUCGUACUUCAGGAAUUAAACGAAAGUGAUAAACAUAUGAAGAAAAUAUUUAAUAAUUUCAUGAAUUCGUUUAUUAGUAACGGGAAACCUUUUGUCGCUGACAACUUAGAAUGGUUACCAACCAAAGGAAAAAAUCUGUCGUUUCUGAAUAUUACGAACUUUGACAAUAUUAAAAUGGAUAUAGCAGCUUCUUUGUAUCCCACAGCUGUCUGGUCUGAAUUAAUUAAAUCUGAGUUUCAGGAUUAA